AUGUUCUACAAAAUCCCUAUGCACCUUCUCCAACAAUUUUUGCAUUAGAAUUUUGUAACAAAACCAAUUUAAGAUGAGUUUUGCUUAAUCUAAUAAUUNACCUCUAUAAAUAACUUACAAUCGAGCGGCUUUUAAUUCGCUCAUUCUUCUGAGUUAAACGAUCAGCCAUUGAAAAUCCAUGGAGAACCACAAUAUCUUUAUGGAAAUGCUUCUCCUGAGUUUUUUAAUAAUCAAUAAUUAUCUUAAUUAUACUCCAGGUUCAUUUGGAGACUCCAAAAAAUAUCAAGUUAAUAAAAUAUAUAUAUAUUUUAGAGUUAUAUUUUAGAGUUUAGCUCAGAAUCUCAGAUGCAAGUUUAGCUACAGAUUCUAAAAUAUGCAAACUUUCAUCAGAUAAACGUCUUAACUUCUAAUCUAAUUAAUGGAAGUAUUAAUUGUAUAGUCCUUCUAUCGUUGAUUGA